AUGGGCCCGACAACCAUGUCGCCUUCACCAUCGAGCAUCUCUCUCGACAGUACCCAGGAAAUCUCCCAGGUCAGACCGACCCAGAUCAGUCCGAGCUUGAACAUGCAAAGCGAAUCGCCCGCCGUCAAAGAGCAACUUCACAUUGUCGAGAGUCAUAUAUCGCAUCAUGACAUGCCCAUCAACAACGACGAAUUCCACGAGGUAGAUGCCGAGCAGUAUCUCCGUUUCUCGCCGGCCCGGAAGAGACUCAUCGUCUUCAUCUUGUCCUUUUGCUCGUUUCUGGCCCCCAUCUCUUCCACGUCGAUCUUGUCGGGUAUACCAGAGGUGGCGGAUACUUUCCAGACCUCGGGGAGCGUGAUCAACGCCAGCAAUGCGCUCUAUUUGACAUUCAUGGGAGUCUCUGCUCCUUUUUGGGGUCCGUUCAGUCAAGUCUUUGGGCGAAGGCCAAUAUUUCUGGCUAGUGCUUUUCUCUUCUUCGCCUUUAGUAUUGGCACGGCUUUGGCACCGAAUCUCCCGGCUUAUUUUAUCUUCCGGGUCUUGACAGCGUUCCAAGGAACAUCCUUCUUGGUCGUGGGAAGCUCGGCCAUUGGCGAUGUCUAUGAACCGCGAGCUCGUGCAACCGCCUUGGGAUGGUUUCUGUCGGGCACUUUGAUCGGACCGGCCUUUGGUCCCUUCAUCGGCGGCGUCAUUGUCACCUUUCGAUCAUGGCGAGCGGUCUUUUGGCUUCAAACAGCCCUCGGCGGAUGCGGCACGCUGCUGGUCUACUUUUUUUUCCCAGAGACUUACCCCCGUCUCGAUAAAUCCGAGCUUGUCUCCAAGAGCCCCUACGGCAAGGCCAAAUCCCUUUCUCAGCAAGUGAACCCAUUCAGAGUAGGUGUCCUACUCUUCUCAUACCCGAAUCUGUUCUUCGCGGGCCUGGCCGCCGGCGCUCUAGUAUGGAACCAGUACUCCCUGCUCACGCCGAUCCGAUACGUGCUUAACCCACGGUUCCAACUGACCAGUCCUAUUCAAUCUGGACUAUUUUACAUCGCGCCCGGAUGCGGAUACCUGAUGGGCACCUUUGUGGGUGGUCGAUGGGCAGAUCAUGUGGUGAAGAAAUGGAUCCGCAAGCGCGGUGGAGUUCGUAUCCCCGAAGACCGUCUCAAAUCCUGUCUGCUGUUCAUCACGCUUUUGAUUCCUGGGUGUAUUCUCGUCUACGGGUGGACGGUCGAGAAAGCUGUGGGGGGGAUUCCUGUCCCCGUGCUGGUGAUGUUUCUGCAGGGCGUGGGACAGCUGUUUUGUUUCCCUAGUUUGAACACCUACUGUCUGGAUGUGAUGCAGUCCACCGGUCGGAGUGCCGAGGUGGUGGCGGGGAAUUAUAUGUUCAGAUACGUGUUUGCUGCCUUGGGCUCGGGGACGGUUCUACCUGCGGUGCAAGCAAUUGGGGUGGGAUGGUUCAGUACGAUCAGUGCCUUUUUCUUGAUUGUCUCGGGUCUUUGUGUCUGGGCCACAACGAGAUUCGGUCCUUCGUGGCGGGAGAAAGUUGAUGGAAGGAAUCGGCGCAAGAAAGAAACCAGUCAACAGCAAAAGGACGUGGGCCGUGUAGAACAGCGAGGACAAACGCAAGAUCGGGGUCAAUAA